CCUACCCUCAAUUUGCGAACCCGAACCUGUCCCUCAGAUUCUUCGAUCUCUCUUUCUUCCUCAAAUUAUACCUUAAUUCGGGAUUGUUUGUCCCGUCAGGCUUGUGUUCCUGCAGUGAAAUUGUUCAUGAUAAUCUGGAAUAGUUUUAACAAUUUCGUUGAACAACAUGGGCGCAAGAAAUAUACCAUGCAGUAGUCAGAUGAUUGAUUUGGAUUUAGAAAGUGAUCAGCAAAGACAGCAAUAUCCCCAUCCCGAGCAAUGUAUAUAUUUGGGAGGCAUAACAAACUUUCCACCACCUGAGAUGGCAGUCAGUGCUUCAGGGAACACAACUAGUUUUGAUGCUCAUUCUUUAUCAGAUCCCUAUGAUAUGUUCUAUGGGAUCCCCCACUACCCUUGUGUUCAGCAUCCUCAUCCCCAUGCUCUAAAUCUUGAACUAGGUGUCGGAACUGUAUCCAGUUUCUAUUUUCCCUACAUGACAAACCCACCUUCUAGUAUUCCUAUGAACCAAGGGCCCAUGGACCAGCUGCCUUCUUCCAGCAACUACAGCCCCCUUGGAAUUUCUGCUGGUGAAUAUGGUAGGAACGUUCACUUUAUGGAUGAUGCCAGAAGCUUAUAUAAGAGGAAGAUUACAGAAGGCAUCCAAGGGAAUUUCCAUUAUUUAAAUGCCCCAUCAAGUUCCAAUUCUUCAGUAGUGCCUUUAAAUACAAGGCAUCCUGAUGGUUUAGUUGAUUCUGCAUGUUUCACUCCUCCCCAAUACAGAGCAAAUAGUGCUCCAUCAAUCAGGGAAGUAGGAUCUCAUAGUGGUGCAAGGAACAGAUUAGGCGCUACUGCAGUGGAUCCUAUUUCAAUACAUAACCAUAACCACCUUUUUCAGGGGAACUAUAUAGGUCAGCCCUUUCAGCCAGCCAGGACAGAUGGAGGUGCUUCAUCUUGGGGUCAGGCUCAAGCCCUUUCUUACAUGCGUGGGAGUAAUGUUGGUGGUCCUAGGGAAACAGUGCAUAGAAGCUCCACAACCUUUAUUAAUUCUUCUCCCCCCAACCUUCGGCACCAUAACUAUCAUCAACCAUUGCCUCCCAUUCAAGGUGUGAGAGGUAACAACAUUAGUGUUCAUCCACAAGCAACUGCAGUUUCAUAUCGCGUUCCAUCAAGUUAUACCCCACAGAACAACCCCAUGAAUCCUUCACAGGACAGUUUAGAGAUGGGGUCUAGGCAUGUGAGACCUAUGCCACCUGGUGGCCUUAGGACUUACCGGCCUCACCGAGAAGAUGUUGUACCUGAGACAUCUCAAAGACAUCGCAACCUUCCUUACCUGAGAGUUUUACCCCCAGAUGGAGUUGCUCUGUUAGAAUUCUCAGAGUUUUAUGAAGACGUGGAUAAUUUUAUUGAUCAUCACAGAGAUAUGCGCCUUGACAUAGAGGACAUGUCUUAUGAGGAAUUGCUUGCACUGGGGGAGCGGAUUGGCAAUGUUAACACUGGGUUGUCAGAGGAAGCUGUUAAUAGUAAAUUGAAAACAAGAAAUUAUUUAACAUCUGCAAAAUAUAUAAAUCUUGAAGAGGCAGCACCAGUUGACCUGGAAGCUGAUUCUUGCAUUAUAUGUCAGGAGGAGUAUGAAAACGAAGAGAAGAUCGGAACUCUUGAUUGUGGACACGAGUAUCAUGCAGAUUGCUUAAAGAAGUGGCUACUAGUGAAGAAUGUAUGCCCCAUUUGCAAAACCGAAGCUUUGGCUACAUAAGUUCUGUAUUUUAAAUUUUCAUGUUGGCCGACUUAGAAGGAAAGUAUUCCAUAAUAUGAUGUACUGUGACUGCUUCUAUUUUCGCAUAACAAAAUCACUGUAUUUUGUUAUGGUUUUUGUACAUGAACUUAUACUAACACUCCAACGGUAUUAUAAUAAUAUAUACGUUGGCGUUGUAUGUAUCGACAAUUGUACAGACUUUCGCGUCGUGCGGUUUCCUUGUGUAAUAUUAAGGAUUCGCUCGGAAAUGUUUAUCAG